AAAAUGUCAAACGCCAAUCGAAUGUGUGUUUUUCUCCGGUUAACCAAACACUUUGUGUGAAAUGAUUUUGGGAAGUUUUCCGCAAUUAAAUCAUGGAGCUCGUCGAAUUUGUGCGCGACUCAAGUCAGGUUACACAAAAAUUAAAGACGUGAACAAUAGCCAUGUUGGGAAUACCAUUGAAGUCAGAGGCUGGGUGAAUAAUUUCCGAAAGCAAAGUAAAUUCGUAUUCCUGGACCUGAAGGAUGGAUCAUCAAAUGAGCAUUUACAAGUGUUGGUUGAUCGUGAAACUCACCGACAAAACCCAGGACUGACUUAUGGAGCGGCAGUAUCGAUCAUCGGGCAAAUCGGAACAGCACCACGGGGCCACCUUGAGCUACGAGCUGAGAAACUUCGCCUGAAUGGAACUUGUGCCAUUGAAGAUAAAAUCUAUCCAUUUGUUCGUAAGCAAAACCAUUCGCUCGAUUACAUCAGACAGCAUUUGCAUUUGCGAGCACACAACAGCCAAUUUCAAGCCUUUUUCCGUGCACGACAUUUUGCCAGUCUGGCAUUUCAUCGGCAUUUCAACGACAAUGGAUUUGUUUACAUUCAUACACCAAUAUUGACAUCAAACUCAUGCGAAGGAGCUGGUGAAUUGCUAUCGGUGGUGCCACACAACGAUGAGCUAUUGCAAAAUAUGCAAAGUGAAACGGCAACAAAACCAAAAGACGAAAUUUAUUUCGAUCGGAAAACUUUUCUAACGCUGUCCGGUCAAAUGCAUUUGGAAGCGAUGUGCUUUCGAUUAGGCUCGGUCUACAAUUUUGGCCCAGUAUUUCGUGCAGAGAAUUGCAAUUCAUCGAUUCACAUGAGCGAAUUUUAUAUGAUUGAAGCCGAAGAGAGUUUUGUAGAGAGUGUUGGAGACAUCACCAAGCGAAUAGAAUCAACGAUCAAAAGUGUAACGAAAUGUUUGCUGGAUGACAAUGCCAAAGAGGUAGAUGAAGCUUACAAAGCCACUUUUACCGAAGAAAAGGAAGCCCAAAGUGAGGAGGAUCGUUUUAAAUGGUUAAAAACCCCAUUCGCAACUGUAACUUACGCUGAAGCUGCUGAGAUUUUACAACAAAAAUAUAAAUUCAAUGCAAAAGAUGGCCUAUCGAAAAGUGACGAGCUAACAUUGGUAAAACACUUCCAAAAGCCAGUGUUUGUAGUCAAUUGGCCACGAGAGUUGAAACCAUUCUACAUGCGCACCUGCAAACAUGACUCAAAAUUAGUUGAAGCUAUCGAUUUUCUAAUGCCGAGCGUCGGUGAAUUGGCUGGUGGAAGUGUUCGUGAAGAUAGCUACGAAGUACUUGAACCAUCCGUUCCACACGAUCUGAAAUGGUACUUGGAUCUUCGAAAAUAUGGUGGAUGCACCACUGGUGGAUUUGGCAUCGGUUUCGAUCGAUAUUUACAAGUGUUACUCGGCAUUAGCAAUAUUAAGGAUACAAUUCCAUUUCCACGAUGGCCACAUCAUUGUCAAAUGUAGAUAAGUUGUUGUUGAUAGUUUUGCUUACGAAAGACACGCAAUAAAACGAGUGGAUUUAAUAAUUUGGAAAA